GCGCGGCGGAGGUGGGGCGCGGCGAGCAUUCCGCACGCCCGCCAGUAUGUGCGGUGCCGAUGUGGAAGAAAUUAAUGCAACCGAUUCAUAGGCAGAGGCGCAUCCAGCGACUGAUCAGACUCGGUGUGAGCGAUGGCGUCGAGGCCGAGUGCGCGCCGGAGGACAGCGGUGUCUGUGCGACGGACAGCGAGUCGGAGCGCGAGCUGGUCAGGUCUCUGCUCAGCACGCUCCACAUCGACAGCCUGAAGAUGUUGUGCGAGGCGGUCGAGAGCGGGGGCGACUCGCUCGGCGCGUGCGUUGUUGUGCCGAAGCGUGAGUACGUGCUCAGGUCGAAGUGUGCCACGGCUGUUGUUUUGUUUUGUCGUUAUUUCCGCUGGCCGGACGUGGAUUGUGAACUGCGCCUCAGGCGACUCCUCGUCUGCCAGUGCGUCCAAGACGACUGCCAAACGUGCAUAAAUCCAUAUCAUUGGAGCAGAGUCUACACACAAGUUUCAGAUAGCCCCCCGCCUCCGGUGGCCGGUGCCAAACGCAGUGCGCCGUCGGCGCGCCACCAGCCAGAUGGGUCCGAGUUGGCCGAGCCGGUGUCGGUCACCACGGGCGGCACGGGCCAGUACGGGUCAACCUCCAGCAUCGACGGCGCCAGCUGCCGGGCUUGGUGUCGCCUCUUCUACUUCGAGCGGCGGCGGCGGGUGGGCCAGCUGGGCGGCUGGGCGGCGCGCGGCCCCGUCCAGCACGUGUUCUACAGCCUGCCGCACGGAGACGGGCUGGCGCUGGAGGCGGUGGUCGACCAGAACCCGCGCCCGGAGCCGGACGUGCGGCAAACGCGAGCACUCAUCGGCGCCGGUAGGUACUGCAGGCGGCCAGCCGACAGCGCGGCCACGCAGAGGAGGCCCUCCGGCGGGGCGGGAUUGCGUCACGAGGCGAUGGUCCAGAGGAGGCACCUGUCGGGGCGCGCGGCUGGUGUUCCAGGGGCGCGCGAGGGUCAUACGGUCAGGUCAGAGUCUGGUGGGCGGUGGGUCACGCGGACGACACGGACUGGCCGGUGUUGACGUGAGCUUUGUUCAGGGGCGUCUGGUUGUCUUGAGGUGGGUGCGAGUGUGCUACCACGUGCCGGGUCAGGUGGAGCUGGCCGAAGCCGUUGCUGCCUCCCCUCCCCUUCCCCUUGUACCGGUCAACCUUUGAGCGCAUUCUUAGCAUGUUUCAGCCGCAAACAGGCGCCUCAGUUUAUGUUCAGUUUAUGUUCACGCCCAAUUUUUGCGCGCUCGUGGCGCCGGGCCGUCCGGCCGCCGGUGUCCGCUGGGACAGGGCACGUCCGGUGUGUCCUGACGGACACGUGCCCCCAGCGCCGAGGGUCAAUCACACAUCACAUUUGAGGGUGGCGUGCCCAACGGUGGGACAUCAGCCUAGAACUGGCAAUGCCGCAUGGCACACUCGUGGGGUCCCGGGCUGGCUGCUCCGUAAGUGCACGACGGGUGGUAGACAUUUGGUGGUUGUCUUCCAAGAGUCGUCUUUCCAGUACCAAACAUACUCCAUUACAGCGCACGCCUUUAAAAAUUGUAACCGGAGUAAGGCGACGAAGGCGAUAAGUGGAGAGUUUAGUUGUGCCAAAACUAUGGGCCGUCUGUUUCACCCUGCGCUGUCAAUCCCUAGAAGCCUCUCGCUACAAAUGACAGUACGGUCAUUGAUCUCUGUCCUGUUUAAUAAGCAUUGGAAAAACAUCGAGUGUUUGAACAAUGCGCGCUCCUUUUGGUCUAAGUCUGUUGCAUUCCUGAAGUUGGAAGCUGUGGACGGUGUUGGUAAUGACUUUCCCCGGACAGAUUCACUCCAAAUACCACCGGCGAACAAAACAUAGUAUGCUGCUUUGUUUUGCCCGUGAAUGCGAAUAAAACCCGGCGUUCGAGUGUUGUUUGACGCGAAGUUAACUUAAUGUUGCUGCUGUUGGCUAGGGAUUUGUUUUUACGACACGAUGCUCGCAACGUCUGCAGGAGGCUCACGGUCCCUUUAAACACCGCGAGUUAUGCCGUCAGCCAGGCUAAGAAUGCUCGUAUCGUUUCUUCAUCCACGUGUGUGGUACCCGCUGGCGACCAGUGCACUAUAUGGCUCUUGAUAUAGACAUGCGUAUGUUUUGUUGUGGUGUUUGUUAGAUUGACAACGGUAGUUGAUGAAUUAGCUUGUAUCUCUCCCUUUUGGUCAAGAUGGUGUGUCGUUCACGAAAGGUGAAGCUUGAGUAGGUAUUUUGAAAUUUGUUUAUACACAUGUUUUCAAAUUUUUUCAACUUUACUAUAAUAUCAGCUGAGUCGAUUUUUACCGGCUUUCAUCAACAAAUAUACCAUCGUUCAAUG